UGCGAAGCGACACCGCGGGGUCCCCAGCGCUGUGGCGUCCCGUUUGCCAGUGACGCUGAUGGCGGAGCCGGCGGCGCGGGGGGGAGGCCCGGCGGGCUAGCGGCAGCCCCGCCGAGAUUGCCCGGCGUGGCUGAUGGUGAUGUGAUGAGUGUAGACAAGCUCAUCUCUACCUAGGAACAUUGUCCCCUGAGGAGCAAUCCCCUUUUGCUGGACAUGCUUACAGAGCUGCAUAGCCAUGGACCUCAAAGAGAAGUGUCAGGAUGAGAUGACCUCAAGUUUGGGCCUUACUACACAGAAAGCCCUCACAAUCCUGAGAGACCAGUUGUCAGCACUGCUGGAGGGGCAUCAAAAGGAACGGAAGAAAGUGACUUCAUGGAAGGAGGUGUGGAGGAGCAGUUUUCUUUACCAUGGUAACCGUUGCUCCUGUUUCCAUUGGCCUGGUGCAUCUCUGAUGCUUCUGGCAGUGCUAUUACUGCUGUGCUGCUAUGGGAGCCAGCCACAGGGGAGCCAAGGUGCUGAGAUAGUUAAUGCACUGGCACUCUUCCUCCUCCUCCUCUUGGAUCUCUUCAUGAUCGGGCGUCAGGAGAGGCUGAAGUGCAGAGAGGUGGAGAGGAGACUUCAGACAAUCAUUCAGAAGAUAAAUGAUACACUUGGCAAAGAGGUGAAAUGGCCAGACUCCGUGUACCCUGACCUUCACAUGCCCUAUGCCCCAUCCUGGUCCCUUCAUUGGGCCUACAGGGAUGGUCAUCUUGUCAACCUGCCUGUGAGCCUAUUAGUAGAAGGAGAUGUCAUUGCUUUGAGGCCAGGCCAGGAGUCAUUUGCCUCUCUGAGAGGGAUUAAGGAUGAUGAGCACAUAGUUCUUGAGCCAGGAGAUCUGUUUCCACCUUUUUCUCCUCCUCCCUCCCCAAGGGGAGAAGUGAAGAAAGGACCUCAGAACCCUCAGCUGUAUCGUCUCUUCCGUGUCUUGAAGACCCCAAUAAUUGAUAAUGUCAGGUGGUGUCUGGAAAUGGCUUUGUCCCGUCCUGUGACAGCCCUGGAUAAUGAGAGAUUCACUGUACAGUCAGUGAUGCUGAAAUAUGCUGUCCCUAUUGUACUGGCAGGCUUCCUGAUCACCAAUGCUGUACGCUUCAUUUUCAAAGCUCCUGGAAUUGCUUCUUGGCAGUACAGUCUUCUUCAGCUGCAGGUGAAUGGUGUCCUACCCAUCCUUCCAUUGCUCUUCCCUGUCCUGUGGAUUCUUGCUACAGCCUUUGGAGAAGCCAGAGUCUUGGCCCAGAUGAGCAAGGCCUCAUCCACCUCACUGCUUGCUAAGUUUUCAGAGGACACUCUCAGCAGCUACACAGAGAUGGUAUCUUCUCAGGAAAUGAUACGCUGUAUCUGGAGCCACUUCCUCUGUGUUUUAAAAGGCAAAUCCCCAACUCUGAGCUUCACUUCCAGCUUGCUCCACAGUCUAGGAUCUGUUACUGUGCUCUGCUGUGUAGACAAGCAGGGGAUUCUUUCCUGGCCAAACCCCAGCCCGGAGACUGUUCUGUUCUUCAGUGGGAAAGUGGAACCACCUCAUGAUAGCCAUGAAGAUCUGACUGAUGAACUCUCUACACGAUCCUUCUGCCAUCCUGAGAUGGAAGAUGAGCCCCACGAAAGAGAUGCUUUGCUCUCUGGCCCCCUGGCAGACACAGUCCACAUGACCAAUGAGCAAGAGAGGAACAACUGGUCUAGUGACCCUCCAAAGGCUCCUGACACCCAUGCCCACCGAAAGCCAAACAGCAGAAGCAAGCAUCCCUCUGGGUCCAAUGUGAGUUUUAGCAAGGACACAGAGGGUGGAGAGGAGGAACAUACUCAGGUUGUUGGUGACAGUGAGGUGCUGGCUUGUGAGGCUGAAGACUUUGUGUGUGACUACCACCUUGAGAUGCUUAGCCUGUCCCAGGACCAGCAGAACCCUUCCUGCAUCCAGUUUGAUGACUCCAACUGGCAGAUGCACUUGAAUUCCCUCAAGCCUCUGGGCCUGAACGUGCUGCUCAAUCUCUGCAACGCCAGCGUGACCGAGCGUCUGUGCCGCUUCUCUGACCACCUCUGCAACAUUGCCCUCCAGGAAACUCACAAUGCAGUGCUGCCUGUCCAUGUGCCCUGGGGCCUCUGUGAGCUUGCCAGGCUAAUAGGUUUCACACCAGGUGCUAAGGAUCUUUUCAAGCAAGAGAAUUAUUUGGCUUUAUACCGCCUGCCAAGUGAUGAGAUGGUUAAAGAAACAAUCCUGGGGAAGCUUUCAUCCAUCACCAAGAGGAGACCACCCCUGAGCCACAUGAUUAAUUUGUUUGUGAAGGACACCACUACCAGUACUGAGCAGAUGUUUUCACAUGGGACAGCUGACAUCAUCCUUGAGGCCUGCACAGACUUUUGGGAUGGUACUGAUAUCUACCCCCUCUCUGGCUCUGACAGGAAGAAGGUGUUAGAUUUUUACCAGCGAGCCUGCCUCUCAGGAUACUGUUCUGCCUUUGCAUACAAGCCAAUGCAUUGUGCCUUGUCCUCCCAGCUCAAUGGCAAGUGUAUAGAACUGGUGCAGGUCCCUGGGCAGAGUGCUAUCUUCACAUGCUGUGACCUCCCUGGGACAACCCCCAUCAAGCAGAGCAGUCGGAGGAAUAGCUGGAGCUCAGAUGAAGGGAUUGGGGAAGUGAUGGAGAAGGAAGACUGUAUCCAGGCUCUGAGUGGACAGAUCUUCAUGGGAAUGGUCUCAUCUCAGUAUCAGGCCCGCCUUGACAUUGUCCGCCUCAUUGAUGGAUUGGUCAAUGCCUGCAUUCGUUUCGUCUACUUCUCCCUGGAAGAUGAGCUCAAAAGCAAGGUGUUUGCUGAGAAAAUGGGUCUUGAGACUGGCUGGAAUUGCCACAUAUCUUUAACACCUAAUGGUGAUGUGCCUGGCUCAGAGAUCCCUCCCUCUAGCCCCAGCCAUGCUGGUUCUCUGCACGAUGACCUACAUCAGGUUUCUAGAGAUGAUGUGGAGGGGCUUCUGCUGAUGGAAGAGGAAGGACACUCAGAUCUCAUCAGCUUUCAGCCAACAGACAGUGACAUCCCCAGCUUCCUGGAGGACUGUAACAGGGCCAAACUCCCAAGGGGAAUCCACCAGGUGAGACCUCACCUGCAGAACAUAGACAAUGUGCCUUUGCUGGUGCCCCUCUUCACAGACUGCACCCCAGAGACCAUGUGUGAGAUGAUCAAGAUCAUGCAGGAGUAUGGGGAGGUGACUUGCUGUCUGGGAAGCUCUGCCAACCUGAGGAACAGCUGCCUCUUCCUGCAAAGUGAUAUCAGUAUAGCCCUGGACCCUCUCUACCCAUCCCGCUGCUCCUGGGAGACUUUUGGCUAUGCCACCAGCACCACCCUGACUCAUGUCUCUGAAGAGCUCACCCCCCUGCAGCUCUCAGGGCACCUCAACAGCCUCCCCUGCUCCAUGUCCUUCCGCCAAGAGGAGAGCACCAGCAUCAUCAGGCUUAUUGAGCAGGCCAGGCAUGCAACCUAUGGGAUCCGCAAGUGUUUCCUCUUCCUGCUGCAGUGCCAGCUGACCUUGGUUGUCAUUCAGUUCCUCUCCUGCCUGGUGCAGCUGCCCCCCAUCCUCAGUACCACAGACAUUGUGUGGCUCUCCUGUUUCUGCUAUCCACUGCUCAGCAUCUCACUCCUGGGCAAGCCUCCCCACAGCUCCAUCAUGACCAUGGCAACAGGAAAAAACUUGACUUCCAUUCCUAAGAAGACUCAGCAUUAUUUCCUGUUCUGCUUCCUGCUGAAAUUCAGCCUCACCAUCUGCUCCUGCCUCAUCUGCUUCGGGUUUACACUGCACGAGUCCUGCAAAGAAGUGAACACUACCAGCCUCAACCUCACAGCCUGCUCCUCCAUCAUGCUGCACAGUAAUGCUGAUGGUGCUCCUGACUGGUUUGGGACAUUCUCCAAUGCUCUUCUUGUAGCCCAGAAGCUCACAGCUGGCCUGAUUGUUUUACACACAGUGUUCAUCUCCAUCACCCACGUCCAUCGCACCAAACCCUUGUGGAAAAAGAGCCCCCUGUCCAACCGGUGGUGGACACUGACUGUGGCUGUGGUAUUGCUGGGGCAAGUGGCACAGACUGUGCUGGACCUGAAACUCUGGCAAAACCUCGAUUCUUCAUUGACCUUUAAUCACAUCUCCAUCUCCCCGGUCUCGUGGCUCCUGGGUUUUCUUUCCUUGGUCCUUGUGGUGAUCAUCAAUGAGAUUGUCAAGCUGCAUGAGAUCAGGGUCCGGGUCCGUUACCAGAAGAGGCAGAAGUUGCAGUUUGAAACGAAGCUGGGGAUGAAUUCUCCAUUUUAAACACUUCAGCUCGAGUUCCUUGGAGCCAGGGCCACACAGCCACAUCCUGCACUGGGAGAGUGGCUGCACCAAAGGCUCAAGGAGUUUUCCCUCACACAUGCACACCAGACAGCCUCCUUGCAAAGCCAAAUUGGCACCUUCUAGGGGGCCACAGGCAGGGCACUGCUGUCAGGAUCCCCCAGCAGGUAUGCAGUACCCUACCCCUGCUAGGGUACUCUCAAGGGAGCCUGCAAGUUCUGGUGGCUGUUCAGGCUGCUCUUCCUUUAUUUAUUUAUUGCCAGAGGUUUUCGUUGGUGGUGAUGCUGAAAUGAAGCAACUCCUUCCCUCUGUGUGAGCAGGUGGAUUUCCUCAACCUGGCAGGAGAAUCUGGGGCCAGCAGGGGAGACAUAGGGCUGCAGAAGCAAGAGAUCUCUAUUGAAACCCAUUUUAUUUUUCCAUCGCCGUGUGCCCUCCUGGAGGAUGUGUGUGUGCAUGGCCUGUGCCCUCACCCACCUCACCCCUGCACUCCAGGGCAAAGGAGCCACAUCUCAUGCUGCUCCAGGAGUGCUGAGUGCCAGGGGAGGGACUGGAGGUCACAUUUCCAAGGGGACACUGGGAAGGGUUUCUGGCAGGGUGCUGGAAAAGCCCCUAUGAUGCUCAGGCUGUGCCAGGCCUGCCCUCUAGCGUUGCUGCAGCCAUAUGUCUGCUGCUGAGUGCUGAAGGGAGGGAGGAGAUGGGGCUGCAAGAGGAGAUGUCUGCCCUGGAGCCUGGUGCAGAGGGAGUCAGCAUGGCUGAGCUUCCUCCAGCCCUGUUGACCUAACUCUCAUCAGCCCACAGAGAGGUUCAUAACUGCUCUCAUUUUUGUGAUUUGAAGUGCCAUUUGAAGUGACUCCCUUUCCAGUUCUAAAACCUAGCUAAAGCAGGUAAAUCCUGGCACUGUUUUUGCUCUCAAUAUCAACACUACAAUAUAUGGCGGCUGCUGGUCCUUACCUGGCAGGCAGGGAGCUGGCUGGGAACCCCCAAGCUCUGCCCUGCUGCUCUACCUUGUCUUCCUUACCUUUCAGCAUAACCACAGAGCACACACACCCCUAUGUGUCUCUAAGCAAUACCCCUCCCCCUGCUGGGAGUCUGGUAGGAGAGCAGAGGUGGUACAGUCAGCCUCUGAGCUCUGGGGACAGACAGAGGGUGCUGGAGGGAGGCAGCUGGGGGGGGGGGGCUUAGAGGCCUGGCCCCUGUUCCUACAUCCUGAGAGUAAUGUUUAGGUUCUGUUCUCCUGGCAGGGUUGUGCAGGGGAAGGCAGGGCAGCUCUCCUGAACACAGCAGUACCAGGCAGCCCUGCGUACCUUCACCAGCUGGGCUGAACUCUGCCUUCACUCCUCUGGGGCCUGCAGAGCAGCCUGGGUUGAGAACAAGCUGCAUCUUUCUCAGUCUCACUUAAAAUGCCAGCUCCAGAUCCAUUACCUGAGAAAUCAGCUUUUCUAUCUGAUUGCCAGGCUCACUCAGCAGGUGUCACACACUCCCCUCUGUGGCCAAGCUGAACAGAAGUCAGAGGCAGCAGGGUACUCCCAGCUCUUCCUGCAAAGCAACCUUCCUCCCUGCCUUGACACCUUAGCAGUUGCCCUGUGCCACUAAUUGUAGGUAAUAAAAGGCAGCAGAUACCAGGGCUUCCUGCUGGCCACACCUUCCUCCAGAGGAGGCACCUCCAAGGUUUCCUUCUCUGGGUGAUCAUAAAUGUUUUUUUUCCUGCACCCUCCUUCCCCUGCUAGACUUGGAGGGACUUGAGGCUUUUGGGUGGAGGUAUCUGAGGGUCAGGGUGCAUGGCUUCUGAAAUUUCCUACAUCAAAAGAGGUUUAUAAAUGGUGUAUAUUUUAUAUUAAAUUUUGGGGAUGUAUGUAAAAAUAUUUGAUUUGUAUUAAAACUUGUAAAUUGUAUUAAAAAAAACCCCAAACCAACCCUGACCCAUACGCAUCCAGUGUCUGAAUGGCAAUAAAUGAUUGUCUUGGA